CUUCUGCCCAGGGCGACAUUGCCACGUUAAAGAGCAGCACCCCGAGCUCAUCAUCCUGCGAUUGCCGAACUUGACACCAUCAUCUCACCAUCGGCCACCAGAGCAAUUGGCGUCGACACUUUAAUCCGCUCCGUACCUGGCCACGGACCCCCCCUUGAACGAGAGCGAUCUCCCCGCGUGACACCAUGGCCGCCGAUAAUCCCACGCCGCCACCGUCCCAGCCCGAGGCGGCGGCGGCCGCUGCCAAACCCCUUGCCGCUGACGAUGGCGCUGCAGCAGGCGAGGAGGGCGCCGGCCCGUCCAAGAAGGCGCUGAAAAAGGCCGAGGCCAAGGCCAAGAAGGAGGCGGAAAAGGCCCGCCGCGCUGCCGAGCACCAGGCCGCCCAGGCCGCCGCAAAGGCCGCCGCGGGCAACACCGAGGACCUGGCCAAGGACAACUACGGCGAGGCGACGCACCAGACCAAAGUUGACGCCGAGCGGGUCAGCCUGAAGAAGAUUGGCGACGAGCACCUGGGCAAGACGAUCAAGGUGCGCGGGUGGGUGCAGAACUCGCGCAUGCAGGGCGCCAAGAUGGCCUUUGUCGAGCUGCGCGAGGAGCGCAACUGGGCCAUCCAAGGCGUCGUGGCGGCGAGCCCCGAGGGCAAGCCCGUCAGCCGCCAGAUGGUCAAGUGGAUCGGCGGCCUCAACCUCGAGAGCUACGUGCUCAUCGAGGGCCGCGUCGAGAAGCCCCUCGAGCCCGUCAAGAGCGUUCGCGUCUCUAACUACGAGCUGCACAUUUCCAAGUGCUACCUCAUCGCCGCGGGGCCCGAGGUCCUGGGCAUGGGCCUCGUCGUCGCCAACAAGGCCGUCACCAACUUUGACGACGAGGAAGCGCCUCAGGAUGUCGCCGUCGAGGAGGCCCGCAAGGCCGUCGAAGCGACGAGCCUCGACAACGUGCCCAGCGCGAGCAUGGCGACGCACCUCAGCAACCCUGCCAUGCACAAGCGCGCUCCCGUCCAGCAGGCCAUCGCCGACGUGCGCAUGGCGACGCGGAAGCUGUUCGCCGAGUACCUCGACGCUCAGGGCUUCAACCAGUUCGAGCCGCCAUGCCUCAUCGGCGCCGCGUCCGAGGGCGGUGCCAACGUCUUCACCCUGCCUUACUUUGAGAAGAGCGCGUGUCUGGCGCAGUCGCCGCAGUUCUACAAGCAAAUCGAGAUUGCGGGCGGCCGCAAGCGCGUGUACUGCAUCGGGCCCGUCUUCCGCGCCGAGAACUCUAACACGCCCAGACACAUGACCGAGUUCACCGGUCUCGAUCUGGAAAUGGAAAUCGAGGACGACUACCACGAGGUGCGCGACAUGCUCGAGGGCGUGCUCCUCUACAUAUUCCGCGGCCUUGCCGAACGGUGCGCCGAGCAAAUCGCGCUGAUCCGCACCAUCUACCCGUCCGAGGACUUUUUGCUCCCGGAGGCGGGCAAGGAGGUGCGCCUGACGUUCGCCGAGGGCCAGGCGCUGCUGCGCGCCGAGGGCCCCGAGGAGUUCCGCAACGUCAGCGACGACGAGGACAUGUCGACGCCGCAGGAAAAGGCGCUGGGGGCGAUUGUGCGCAACAAGUACAAGACGGACUUUUACGUGCUCGACAAGUUCCCCGAGGGCGCGCGGCCCUUCUAUGCGCUCGAGGACCCGGCGGACCCCAAGGUGACCAACGCCUUCGACUUCUUCAUGCGCGGGCAGGAGAUCCUGUCGGGCGGGCAGCGUAUCCACGUGCCGUCGCUGCUGGAGGCGCGGAUCCGCAAGAAGGGCAUUGACCCGGCGAGCCCGGGCAUUAAGGAGUACGUCGACGUGUUCAAGAGCGCGGGCGUGCCCCCGCACGGCGGCGGCGGCAUCGGCCUCGACCGCGUCGUGGCCUGGUACCUGAACCUGCCGAGCGUGCAUCUGGCGAGCUACUACCCUCGCACGCCGAAGCGGCUGCUGCCCUGAGCGGAGUGGGGGGAGGAGAGGGCGGUGGGUGACGUAUUCGAGGCUCGUAAAGGUGCAUGGAGGAGCGUCUGUAGAUGGAAUGAGUGGAGACAAAGAGGCAGAGCCCGAGAGGAGGAUCUUCAAGAAAAGCAGACUAGAUAAAGGGUGAUAGGACGCAUACAGUGACUGCAUCCUCGAU